UUUUUGUUAAUUAUAAUGGCAAACACAAAUGGAACCUCAAAUGGAUUAGAAUGGACGGUGACCAUAUCUGAUGGGACGCCGGACGAACAGGUGGUGGAAUCUUCAUGGAUAUGUAGUGCAUGGAUAGGGCUGUUGGGGCUGAUUUUAGCAUUGAAAUUGAAAGUGUGGAGGUUUUGGGAGAAGAUAAGGAAGUUAGCUGUUGAUGAUCCUAGAAGGAUUUUCCAUUGCUUCAAAGUGGGGUUGGCACUUACAUUGGUGUCCCUGUGUUACUACAUGAGGCCAUUGUACGAUGGUGUUGGAGGAACGGCCAUGUGGGCCAUCUUCACCGUCAUAGUAGUCUUCGAAUACACAGUUGGUGCAACGAUCUCCAAAGGCUUAAACAGAGGAAUGGCGACGCUAGUUGCCGGAGCCCUCGGCUUCAUUGUUCAUUGGCUUGCAAGCCAAUCCGGCGAGAAGGCCAAGCCUGUGGUUCUUGGUGUCUUUGUUUUCCUUAUAGUUUCCACAGCAACCUUUUUAAGAUUCAUUCCUACAGUGAAAGCCCGAUUCGAUUAUGGUGUUUUGAUCUUUAUCCUCACAUUUAGCCUGGUUUCCAUCUCGGGCCAUCGCGAGGACGAAUUGUUUGAGUUGGCCCACCAGCGUCUAUCCACGAUUGCCAUAGGAGGGUUCAUGUGCAUAUUCAUCAGCAUUUUAAUCUGUCCAGUCUGGGCUGGUGAAGAACUCCACCGACUGAUCACUUGUAACAUUGAAAAGCUUGCCGAUUCUUUAGAUGGAUGUGUGGCCGAAUAUUUUCAUGAAAGUGGGAAUAUAGCAGACAACAAAGAGCCUGGUCAAAAAUCACAAGGCUACAAAAGCGUGCUCAAUUCAAAGGCCACCGAAGAAUCGCUGGCCAAUUUCGCACGAUGGGAGCCCCCACAUGGCCGUUUCUGGUUUCGGCAUCCAUGGAAGCAGUAUCUCAAGAUCGCAGCGGCAACGCGCUGCUGCACUUAUCGAUUAGAAGCACUUAACAGUUCCAUCAAUUCAGAGAUUAAGGCACCCGAGUUCAUGAAGAAACAUCUCAGCGACGCAUGCAUUAAACUAAGCUCCCAAUCUUCCACAGUCUUGAAAGAGCUGGCGACCACAACCAAAAGAAUGAGAAGAUCUUCCAACAUAGAGUUUUUAGUUGGAGAGAUGAAUGGCGCCGUAGAAGAUCUCCGAAAUGCAUUGGAAUCUCUUCCUUACCAGCUUCAACUGCUGCUGCCGCCUCCAUCAAUAGAAACAAUGGAGGAAGAGGAAAACCCAUGCAUCUCGACCAUCAACUUUCCACUUACGGAGGUCAUGCCUCUUGUCGUGAUUACUUCGCUACUGAUCGAAAUCGCAGGGAGGAUCCAAGGAGUCGUCGAUGCCGUUAAUGAGUUGGCGGGCCUUUCGAGCUUCAAACCCGCAGUUGAUGCUGAGCUCAGGUAGACCUAAGCUGCGGGACAAUAAGCCUAAAGCGUGUCGGGACAAUGGAGAUAUCCUAUCUGCUCGGCACUACCAUGAAUUAGCUGUGAUCUUAUAAAAUAAAGCUGAACCGAUGAUCUUGACCAUCUAUUCCGUUGAAUAGGAUCUUUGGCUUUUGGUUUUGAACCGUCUGUCUGAAUGCCACUAAUCAAUGGUCAUGGCCAUUUGUCUGUUAGUACGUAGUGGGCCAGCUUUACA